AUGAUAGUCAGAGAGAAGGUUUUCGACUGCAGUUUAUGGCAACCUCAGGCCCGUUACUGGCCGCUGCCGCCGCCCUCUAUUGGGCCGCCGGACCUCUUCUACGUGGUGCUCAACAUGAACCAUGUCCUCCACAAGUGCUACCUAACCCCCACCGGCCACCGCGUCCUUCUCGCCGCAUCCAAUCGGCGGUCCCAAACCACCGUCCCCGUCUUCCCCGAGGCGCCGGCCGACGACGCUGCCGUGGGCGCCGCGCUGUCCCCUUUUCUCUCUGCAAUCGGCGCCGGGCCUACCGACCGCGACCGAAUGCUCCAAAAGCUCGCGCGAUACAGGAGAAGCGAUGCCUGCGUGCCCGGCUGCGUCGCCAUGACCGUUGUGGCUGUGACCGUGGAACUGUACGAGGAGAGCGAGGUCCUCGAAACCGAAAGUGGGAUGGAGGCAUCUUUGGUUGAGGCGGCUGAAUUCAGGGCUGUGCCAGCGACGACGGCGUCUGUCGCAGCCCUGGAGACGGCGACAGUCGACGGUCCGAGUUCUGGGUCGGGCACGGGUUCCGGGUCCGUCUGCGUAAUCUGCCUGGAAGAAUUUCUGGUGGGAUCGGAGGUCCGACGAAUGCCGUGCUCUCAUGUUUUCCAUGGAGAUUGUAUCGUUCAGUGGCUCGGGAAAAGCCACUUCUGUCCCUUGUGCCGCUUUUCUAUGCCGCACUGA